AUGAUUGAGCUGUCUAACAUGCUGUUCGUGGCAUCGUACUGUGCUCCUAGUACGAAAAAAGGUCAAUUGUGGAUGCACACUAUUUUAAUAUUUGCGUUCAUGCUAUAUUCAAUAUGGGCAUGGCACGUGAUAUGUUCACCUGAUGCCUUCUCGUGGAACUUUGGAUUUGUGUUCCUGAACCUAGCACAAGUGGUCUACUUGGUUUACGAGAUGAGGCCUGUUAAAUUCGACCCUGAAUUAGAAGAGGUUUAUCAUACACUUUUUGAACCGUUCAAGGUGUCAAGAUUACAAUUCAAACGCAUGGUAUCUCCAGACUUCGCUCACGUGAUGUCCUUGCACGCAGGAGAAGCGUAUGCAAUGCAGAACUUAACAAAAACCGAUCGGUUGGGACUUUUGCUCUCUGGAAAGGUUAACGUUAUGAGUGGUCAUCAAUUUUUACACCCUAUUCUUCCGUGUGAGUUUUUGGACUCUCCUGAGUUCGAAUCGAGUCGAGCUACGAUCGACGAAAAGUUUAAGGUGUCGAUAGUAGCUGCGUCAUCAUGCCGCUACGUGUACUGGCAGCGGAGUUCUUUGGAAUAUUUGUUCGUUAAGGAGCCGUACCUCGCGUGCGUAGUGACUACGUUGAUAGCACGCGAUAUCACCACCAAGUUGUACGCUAUGAACAAUAAGAUCGUCACUGAGAGAGGGUCGCACCUCGACAUCAGGUUGCCAAGCAUAUCGCACGCACUUGCAAGGAGUCCGCGCAAACUUCGUGGAGCAAGCAAGCUUCCACCUCCGACAACCGUUCAACCAGUACCGCCUGAAAAACGUCCCAAUUGUUGGAGUCGUGAAACGGAACCUCUAACUACGGCUGUUAAGCGCAAUUGCAACCCAACGUAUAAUGGAGGUGAUGAGGAAUUGAUGCCGUUAGCGGCUCACGAGGCCCCGGCUGCAUCAUCUGAUGAUUUGUCAGUAGCAGAUAGCUGUCCUGACACGUCUUCCAAGUACCAUAGCUGUGAGGCCGUGGAAACUGACGAUGAACUCCGACAUUAG